AUGCCUGUUCUUUUCUGGAAGCCACCUUGGUUUUCCUUUGAUCCUCUCGAUACCUUCGCAAGCGCCAUUGUCUCGUCCAUAAAUACCGGCCUCGCCUCCGUGUUUCCGAUCUUUCCUCAUCAGCUCUCUUCGCCAGCCAACUACAUCCACUUCCAUUCCAACCUUCAGUACUUCCUCCACAUCGUAUCCCAAGCCGUGCUCUGUCACCUUGCCCCUGCUAUCACUAUGUCUUCCAAUAACUCUAACAUGUCCUCGCCUGUCGAAAUCCCAGCCCCUCGCGGCUACCAAGCGAUCUCCAAUCCAACUCCCAUCGACGAUACCUCCUUUGUGCAGAAUGGGAUCCGCUACUACCCCGAGCGCGGCGAUUGGAGCCCGCUAUUCGUGCCUAACGCUGAAACCCCUCGCACCGCGGACAUCCCUGUCGAUCCAAUGGCUGGCAAUGAGGCUACUCCAGUUGGUCAGGCUGCUGGAGCUCAGGUUGACCCCAUGUCUGUUCAAGACAUCGAGAUGAAAGCUACCGCCCUCGACAACGCUCCCGACUUCUCUCGUCCUCCGCCUAUCAAGGCCUUCCCAGCUCCCAUCCCUCUUCCUUAUGGGAUGGAGCUCAUCCAAACUGGUACCCACUUCCUUCCUCAAAAGGAAAAGUGGCAAAGCCUCUACGAUCCGGCCAGGAACUUCGAUUUGUCCACGAUCCCAGACGAAGUCCCUGUUCCUCGAGGGUUUAUCGAUCCUCAUCCGUUCUGCGACAUGCCUGUGUGCUGCGACCCCGUGUUCCAAAACCCGCCGCCUGGACUCGUCCUUCCUGCUGUUACUCCGCUCAUGGCCGCCAAUAUUCCAUCACACGCUCCUGGUGCUCAUCCAGCUUCGGCCUCGUCCUCCACUUCUGAUUCCUUGACCUAUCCACCGCUCUCCGAGUUCCUUCACCUUGAUCACAAAUCUGUCCAGGGCCUGCUCUCCAAGAAAAAUUCACCACCGGAAGCCACCUGCUUGCUGAAGAGGAUGUCAUGCGAAUUUUCGAAGGUAUCGCCCCCGAGUUCGUUUGGCUUUGUGAUGAUUUCCCUCCUCACACUUUAA